AUGGAUCCUGAGGCGGCAGCAGCUCUCCAAGCGUUCAUCACCUACCUGCAUCAUCAAAGGGAGUUUGCGGAUUACAUGUAUAUGUCCGCUACGGCGUUAGUGGUUCGUCCUCUAGUUUUAACCGCGUUGGACAUCCAGCUCAGAUCGGCAAAGGUGUACGAUUAUUUAUUGAAUAUAGGUCGAGAGAUCAAGAUGAUCUGGUUCUCGUCGUGGACGUAUACUAAAGUCCUGUACUUUAUUGUGCGAUAUUUGCCUUUUUUAGCCUUUUUUUGCUAUCUUCGGAUACAGCUGAUGCUGGGAGUUACGAAGGCGUCGUGUGAAUGGGUGUUUCCGUUGGUUACUUUCGUCAUGAUGAUCAGGACUUGGGCAGUUUGGCACCGAGACAUGAGGGUCGGCAUUUUAUUUGCCGCUUUAUGCUGUCUCUACAUCGGUCUCGCGACCGUGGGCAACGUGAGAUUUGUUAGAAGCAUAGUUCGUGCGUGUGAUGGAAUCCCCUUAUAUUAUUCAUCAAAAUUUCCAGUCGUCCUUAUAUUCACGGCAGCAAGUGCCAUAAAAACUGCUAAAGCUGGAAGUUUCAAUCACCUGUCAUCGAUCAUCCACCGAGAUGGCAUCAUCUUCUAUAUGUAUCUUCUAGUCGGGUCUAUUGCAAAUGUGAUCUUUUUCACUUCCGCACCGCUCGAUCUCCACGUCGCCUUUGUUCCGCAAUGCAUGGCGCUGUACGCUGGGCUUACUAGCCGCGUGGUGCUUAAUAUUCCGGAGAGUGACUACUAUGCAUUGAACGUCAAGGUUCCCAUACCAGCGCAAAGACCUCCUACUCAGCUUCCUUGCUUUCCACAGGGGUCGAUCACCAAGUUCAAGGCCAAGUGGCGCAGACGUGUUAUAAACGAAGGUGCGGAGGAGGUCUUGAAUUGGUCCACCGUUCAGUCCUCGCCACCCAUCAUGGCGGAAGCAGCUCUUCAGGCGUUCAUUACGUACAUGCACCACCAAAGGGAGUUCGCAGAUUAUAUGUAUGGUGAGGUCUCUGGCACGGCAUUGAUGAUAUACGAUUAUCUUUUGAACGUGAAUCGCGAGAUCCAAAUGAUCUGGCGCUCGCCGUGGUCGUAUACCAAGGUUCUAUAUUUUAUUGUUCGAUAUCUGCCCUUUUUGGCCUUUUUUCUGUUCCUCUGGAUCCAAGUGAUUCGGGGAGUUACGAGGGCGUCGUGUGAAUGGGUGUUUCCGGUGGUAGUUUUCAUAAUGAUGAUUAGGACGUGGGCAGUUUGGCACCGAGACAAGAGGGUCGGCAUUUUAUUUGCCGCUUUAUGCUGUCUCUACGUCGGUCUCGCGACCGUGGGCAACGUGAGAUUCAUCAGAAGUUUAGUUCUGGCAGAACCUCCUAUUCCUGGGUUCAGAGGCUGUUUUGUAACCGCCGCUGAGAACAGCUUAACGAACGACUAUAUCAUGUUAGUCGUGAUGGAGUCCCCUCAAACCGGAAGUGUUAAUCGCCUGACAGCGAUUAUCUACCGCGAUGGUAUCCUUUUCUAUCUGUAUCUACUAGUACGUUCGUUCUUUUCCACACUAUUUAACGGCGUGAUGACCCUGCGCCCGCAGCUCGAUCUCCAUGUCGCCUUCGUCCCUCACUGCAUGGCGCUGUACUCCGGGCUUACAAGCCGUGUUGUGCUCAACAUCCGUGAGGUCGCCUAUGCGGGACCGACUACGACGGGAUUGGAAACACAGCUCCACGACAUCAAAGAUGAGGAACCUACUAGUACUACGAGCAUCUCUUGGGCUUUCCGCCCACGUUAUGACUUUAAAGAUUAG